AAGAAAAUUGAACUGUAAGGGUUAGGAUUAGGACAUUAAAAACAAAAGUUUUAUAAGAAUUCCUAUAUAGAGUAAUAUGUAAACCAGAUUCUUAUAAGUUUCCGUAACAAGGGUGAUAGCAAGAAAUGUAAUUUUGUGCCAGACCGAAAAACUAUACUCUCAGCAUGCCGACCUUCCUGACACCAGGUAGGCAUGGCUACAAUGUGCGGUUCUCACGUAGACGGCCUGACUCUCUUGCGGUAGCAACUAGUCAGUACUAUGGGUUGGCUGGUGGUGGAACAUUGUUCUUCCUUGAACUGGCACCAGACGGUACUACAAUAAUAGAAGUACAGAAACUGGAGUGGAGCGAUGGACUCUUUGAUGUGGCGUGGUCCGGUAGUAGUGACGGUGUGGCGGCGUGCGGUGCGGGAGAUGGUACCGUGGUGAUCUGGCGCGGUGGUUGUGCGGCCGCGUUACGUGUCCUGAGGGGGCAUCGUAGUGAAGUCUGCUCUGUUGAGUGGCCGCGCUCCCACAUCCUUAGUGCAAGUUGGGAUACUACGGUUAAACUGUGGGAUCCGGAAUCAGAGGCGUGUAUCAGCACAUUCGCGGGUCAUUCUCAACUGGUGUACACGGCAGCCUUCUCCCAGCACUCGGCGGCAACAUUCGCCUCUGUGUCGGGCGAUGGACAUCUCAAGAUCUGGACAUGUAUGGAGCCUGUGCGACCUGCUGCUGUUGUUAAGGCCCAUGAUGCUGAGGUGUUAUCGUGUGAUUGGAGUAGAACAGAGAGCCAUGCUCUGGUGACAGCGGGCUCUGAUGGUUUAGUGAGAGGCUGGGAUUUAAGACGGCUCACCACACCAAUGUUUACUCUCAAAGGUUGCGAGUGCGCAGUGCGAAGGGUUCAAUUCUCUCCGCAUUCGCCGUCAGUGAUAGCGGCCGUGUCCUACGACUUUACCACCAGGUAACUUUAUCAAACGACUAUUAU